AUGAACGCCAGAUGUCAAUGCGGUUCCGUCUCGUUCAAGACGCCGCUGCCCGAGCCCCUGGCGCUGUAUAUAUGCCACUGCUCCGAGUGCAGGAGACAGACGGGUUCGGCAUUUGGUGCCUCGGCCAUUUUCCCGCACUUUAAGCUCCCUGAGACGGAUUUCCUCAACUGCUAUGCGCGGCCGACGGCGUCAGGGGAAACACUCUACUGCUAUUUCUGCCGCAACUGCGGAACACGACUCAUCCACAUGACGCCGUCGAAAAACGUACUCUCCGUCAAGGGCGGCUGCAUAGAGGGCCUCGACUGGACAAAGGCGAUUCAUAUCUGGACGAAGAGCGCCAUGGUGCCCAUCCCAGAGGGCUCCGAGGCGCAUUCGGAGAGGUCGAGCAGUGUUGAGUAUAGUGGGACUCAGGAGCUCUUGGAUUGA